CUUCCUCUCCUUCUCCUUCUCCUUCCCCUUCCCAGACUCCCCUCCCCGUCGUUCGAGAGGAGGGCGACCAACUGGUGGCGAGCCGAUCUCCCGAUCUGGUGGCCCGCGCCCGCCCCGAUCCGCCGCGGACCGCCGCGCCCGGGCUGGAUUUGCCGCCGCGGGCGGAUCAGCGUCCGUCGCCGUCUGGGGAGGCUCCGAUUCGUGGCCGGCCCAUGGCGACCCCCGACGACGGCCCGGCGCCGGCCGGGGCCGGGGGCCGCAAGUUCUGGCGCUCCGUGUCGUGGUCCGAGCCGAGGGAGCCGGCGCCGCCGCCGGACGCCGCGGGCGGGGCUGGGGCGGCAGGUGGCGGGGGCGGGCAGUCCCGCCGCGUCCCGCCGCCGCCGCCGCUCACCCCGCGGUCGAUGAGCUCCAAGGCCCGGUCCUGCCUCCCGCCUCUGCAGCCGCUCGCCAUCGCGCGCCGCACCCUGGACGAGUGGCCUAAGGCUGGCUCCGACGACGUCGGCGAGUGGCCCAACCCCACCACGCCCGGCGCCUCCAGGCCUUCCUCCGCCAAGCCUGGGGAGGGGCUCCGCCUCGACCUCUCCUCGCUCCGUUCCCAGGGACGCAAGGACCAAAUCGCCUUCUUCGACAAGGAGUGCUCCAAGGUCGCCGAGCAUGUCUACCUCGGUGGCGACGCCGUCGCUAAGAACCGAGACAUCCUGAGGAAGAACGGCAUCACCCACGUCCUUAACUGUGUCGGCUUCGUCUGCCCGGAGUACUUCAAGUCCGACCUCGUCUACCGCACGCUCUGGCUGCAGGACAGCCCCACCGAGGACAUCACCAGCAUCCUCUACGACGUGUUUGAUUACUUUGAGGAUGUCAGGGAGCAGGGCGGCCGCGUCUUCGUGCAUUGCUGCCAGGGGGUGUCGCGCUCCACGUCGCUGGUCAUCGCCUACUUGAUGUGGAGGGAAGGCCAGAGCUUCGAUGAUGCCUUCCAGUUCGUCAAGGCUGCCCGGGGGAUUGCGAAUCCAAACAUGGGCUUUGCCUGCCAGCUUCUCCAGUGCCAGAAGCGGGUGCAUGCUAUUCCGUUGUCCCCAAAUUCAGUGCUCAGGAUGUACCGCAUGGCGCCUCACUCCCAGUAUGCUCCUCUGCAUUUAGUGCCCAAAAUGCUCAAUGACCCUUCCCCUGCUGCCCUCGACUCUAGAGGAGCGUUUAUUGUACAUGUUCUGUCGUCCAUAUAUGUCUGGGCUGGAAUGAAGUGUGAUCCGGUAAUGGAAAAGGAUGCAAAGGCUGCUGCGUUUCAGGUGGUGAGGUAUGAGAAGGUGCAGGGGCACAUCAAGGUUGUGAGGGAAGGUUUGGAGCCACAAGAGUUUUGGGAUGCAUUUUCAAGUACGCCGCCUAAUUCGGAUAGUAAUACAAAGAUUAGCAAGGACCAGAUCGAUUCAGCAUCCAAGAGUAACCCAGGAAGCCGGAGAAUUGAAUCUUAUGAUGCUGAUUUCGAGCUCGUCUACAAAGCAAUCACUGGGGGAGUGGUUCCAGCGUUCUCAACUUCUGGAGCUGGCGACGAGACCCAUCUUCCAGCUAGAGAAAGCAGCUGGAGUUUACUGAGGCACAAGUUUAUCUCCAGGUCGCUAGCCCGUGUUUAUUCAGAUUCUGCUCUAAUCAGGGAUUUUGAUCUGCGGGUAGACCGUGUACAGCACCUGGCUGCUGAAGCAUCAACCUCACCUCCUUUCCUUUCUCCAAGCUCCUUGUCAUCGGAUUCAAGCGUCAGCUCGAAGUAUAGUUCAGACUCACCCUCCUUAUCACCUACAACUAGCUCCCCACCAUCAUUAGGUCCCUCGCCUGCUUCAUCUAAUCCGCCUCAUGCUUUGGUGCCAUCGUCCAGGUCUCCCCUUUCUCAUCAAUCAUCUAAUGAGGGACCUUCAAAGCCUUCUGGCAUGGAAUCAAUACGAUCUCCUUCCAAGACCUCUUCUAUAGCAGAAAGAAGAGGAGGCUUCACACUUCUAAAGCUACCAUCUCUCCAAAAGGAUCUUGUAUUGCCGCCAAGGGUACCGUCUAGUAUUCGCAGGACUGAGGAGGCCUCAAAUAAGAGUAGUACAAAUGGUGUUAAACAGCUGACUGGCGAUUUUUGCUCAGAAAAAUGCACCGGUAAUAGUUCAAGCUCGCAUUCUGAAACUAGAUUAACUGAGCGUACUGACAGUAACUCAGAAGCUUGCAGUAAUGCACAACUGUUAGUCUACCAGUGGCCCAGCAUGGAAAAGCUAACUGCAUUUGCACGCAAGGAUCUUGACCCAAAGUCGGUUUUGAUUUUUGUUACAUCGAAUACCAUCAGAAGAGAAGCAGUUAAAAUGGUGUAUGUAUGGGUAGGAGGCGAAAAUGAAAGCAGCAAGAGUGUUGAGGCUGUUGAUUGGCAACAGGUCACUGGUGAUUUUCUUCAUCGAAAAGGCCUCAGUGAUGCUCUUCCUGUCAAGGUUUUCAAGGAGCAUGAAACUGAGAAUCUUUUGGAACUACUGAAUGUUAGUUAACAUUAGGCAGUAGGUAUCAGGAUAUUGUAGUUGCUUAACAAACUCAGCCACAAAUUAUCAUUCAACGAAGGCAUGCCCUCCAGCAUCAGUCGGUACCGAUGAUUGUCAGCGAGGUAUAAAGCCACUACCAUUCCCUUGAACAUAAUAGGCUACAAACAGAUUCCAUUUUAGUAGAAGCGAUGGAUCGGCAACUGCGCCUCAUGAUCUAUCUUUUGUCCAAAUGGCAGGAGGCUGCCAUGGGCGUUGUAUCCGUUGUGAAUUAACACCCAUGGUGUAGGCGCAAUCGGCCAAUUGGGUGUAUAUUAUCCGCUCCCCUGUAAUGUAAGCUCAGAUACUGGGAGAUGGUGUGUCAACAGUUACUUUUAGCCUAAACAUUCUUGUACAUCUUUGAAAGGAACAGAUUUGUAAUCCUCUUGGCUUAUAAAUGGCUCCAUUGGUCAUAUAACUUUUAAACUAUAUAGAACUCAGUUGUUAGCUGCCAAUCUUCUGUUUUUCUGCAGUUUAUAACAUCAGAAGUCAGUUCAUCUU